CUCUCUCUCAAGAAACGGAGAAAACCCUCAAACCUCUAGAACUUUCGAUUUUUCUAGACUCUAUUAAUAGGCCUAAACACCACUUCCUCGGCUCCUUUGUCCAUGGAGUGCCACCACCAACUCCAUAACGGCUUCAACUACCUUCCUAAUGAGGAAAGCUUUGUGUGGAGCAAAAGAAUAAUCCAAACUCUUACUUUCUCUCUUCAUCUGAUUCUCAAUCUCACUUUCACUUUGUCCAAAUUUUUUGAAAUUUUUUUGAAAUAGUUCAUUGGGGGCACUGUGUCUCCUUCUUAUCAUCUAGAAUUCUGUUUUAUUUCACUGUAUAAUACUGUUUUUUUUUUUUUUUUGGGUGUAUGGACUCUGUUUUUCCGGCUAAUCCCACGUUCGGAUUAGGCUCUGUAUCGGCUACUCACGUAUAAUUUCGAGGAAAGAAUCGAGACCCAUUGAUUUUUAAUCAUGAAUCCGAUGUACCCUGUGAAGGAGGAGUUUCCAGGAUCGAGUUCCUCCCCCCAGUCCGGUGAGCCACCGGUAGUGCCACAGCCGGUUGAGGGGCUUCAUGAUGCGGGUCCUCCGCCAUUUCUUACAAAGACAUUUGACAUUGUGGAUGACCCAGCAAGCGAUCAUGUGGUCUCUUGGAGCAGAGCAGGUAGCAGCUUUGUUGUAUGGGACCCCCAUGCCUUCUCCACCAAUCUCCUCCCCAAAAACUUCAAGCACAAUAAUUUCUCAAGCUUUGUCAGGCAGCUCAACACUUAUGGUUUUAGAAAGAUUGAUCCGGACAGAUGGGAGUUUGCAAAUGAAGGAUUCAUCAGGGGUCAAAGACAUCUCCUUAAGAACAUCAGGAGAAGAAAGACACCUUCUCAGGCUCCUCCCCCACAUCAAGCUUUGGAUCCUUGUGUUGAAGUAGGAAGGUUUGGACUGGAUGGAGAAGUCGAUCGAUUGCAGCGUGACAAGCAUGUUCUGAUGAUGGAAUUGGUUAAGCUCAGGCAGCAGCAGCAGAAUACUAGAAUCACACUCCAAGCAAUGGAGCAAAGGCUACAAGGGACAGAGAUAAAGCAGCAACAGAUGAUGAAUUUCUUGGCAAGAGCAAUGCAGAACCCUGCCUUUAUUCAGCAGUUAGUCCAGCAGAAGGAGAGGAGAAAGGAGAUUGUAGAAGCCAUUAGUAAGAAGAGAAGAAGGCCUAUUGAUCAAGGGACUAGUGGAGCUGGAGGCACUGAAUCCAGCCAUGGCAAUGGAUUGAGGAACCCCAUUAAGAUUGAGCCUCUACAUUUCACAGAAGGAAAUGGCUUUGAAGUUUCAGAGCUAGAGGCACUUGCUUUUGAAAUGCAAGGGUUGGGUAGACCAAGAAAGGAGCUAGAGGAUCAUGAAGAGCUAGACCCUCCUGAAAGUGAAGAUAAAGAACUUGAUGAGGGGUUCUGGGAAGAACUAUUGAAUGAGAGAUUUGGCUGUCCAUCAAGCCUACCUGGUGCUGAAGGAGAGGAAGAAGAAGAAGAUGUGAAUGUCCUGGCUGGCAGAUUUGGUUACCUGGGCUCCAGCCCACAGUAGGAGCCCAUUCUGCAUCAAUAGUCUUCCACCCCCAGUUUUCUGCAUCAGUUGCCUUUUUACUUCACUUCAAUGGCUGUUUCUUUUGGUAGGAGGUUUUCUCUAGUUGUUUGGUUAAUCCCUGUCUCAUUUUGUAACCCUGCAAGUGUCAUUAGACCAUAACUUUCAUCUGGGUUUCUCUCUAUUGACAGGAUACGAGGAUUACCAAGCAGUGUAUCCUCACCAAAUAUUAGUCCUACUGUUCUAACUCUUGUAUUUUUUCUUCUAAAUUUUCUUUCACUCUCCCUUUUUUUCUUUCUUGUACACUCCUCUUUUCAAUUCCUCUAAGUUGCAGGAAUUGCUUGAACAGAGUUUGUGGAAGUUCCCAUCAUAAUUUGUCUGAGGUUCUUGUUUUCUUCCCCAUCGAAACCCACUACUCUCUGCAUCAAAUUCAUUGACUAUGAUUAUUUAUCUUUGGCCUAAAACAAUUCGUACGUUGUUCAGAACCUGCUGAACUUGAGAAAGAGUGGCUGCAAGUUUCAAGAGCCUAGAAACCACAAUAAAUUGAAGCUUCUGGAACCCAGUAGCAAAUGGUUUCAACAAGACAAAGAAUGAAAGAUGGUCGGUGAUGAAUUUGAUGAUGUGAAGGUGGGUGGCAAUCAAGAUUUUUCCUUGUCACAUCUUUGUCCACAUCAAUCAUUUUGCACUUACACAACAGGAGGUUGAUAUGCUUUGAGAUGGUGAAUUGAGCAAGUGGAAAGUUGUCUUGUCAAGAAGCUGUUGAUGCUCUGUCAAGAUCCAUGAGACAAUUUUUUGCGAAAUGAAAUUUACAGGUCUAAACUUGCACAUCACUCUGUUGAAGAGUCUAAUAUGUGCCCCGGAAAAAGUUUAAAAACUUUUGCACAAGAAUACUCGGUGAUGGGAGUUUGAUGUUGAUACUUCCGUCGUUUAGAGUCCCGCCAGCAACACCUGGCGAGUAAUGCAUGCCAGCAGGCAGUCCCAUCUGAUGUUACAAUCUGUCGUUAUUGAUGGCUGCUAUGCAAGGUUCAUGUUGCUUCCCACUUGUGGCAAUAGGCUGAUCUGGUUGGCAUUUCUUCUAUAUUUUCUCGUGCAACUUCCUUUCUGGUUCCAACAAACUAAUUCGAAAUCUUAUCACUCAGCAUUCAGAAAUUUAAGCAAAAGCGAGCUUUUUCCUGGGAAUUUUAGUAACCCAGGUGUCCUAUAUCUCCUCUCUUGAUUUUGCAACCAAUUGUAGCCUUCUGGUAGAUAGAGUUUAUUGAUACUGGCAUUCCACAUGCUCCUCAGAGAUACAAAAUGCCCUUACUGAAUUGGGGAGCGCAUGAAACUGAACAGUCUGUUAAGAACACAAUGCAGGGGGCUGCUUGGGUCAUAAAUAGGAAAACAAAUAGUCUUUCAUUAUUGUCCUCAUUUGUUUAUCAGGGAUUCAGAACUGUACAAACAAAUGCCUACGAGCAUCUAAAGUUGCUCUUGUUUUUAUUCAAAGGACAUCUUGUGACAUGAUGGAAAGUUGUGGCCAUUUAUCAUAGUUGCUCCAUGAUGUGGAUCACAUGAUAAUUUGGUGAACCAUGGAUUGAAGUCAACGGUUAAACGAUCCCUGAUCCCUGAUUUAUCAGUUACCAUGCAUCUCUAUACCAUUUAACACUGUUUCUAUUCGUUGUGCAUGACUCAGGCCAGGCACCAACCCAUUUUAGAUGCAAAAUAAACUAUGCCUGGAGCAGUGAUGGCUCAGCUAUGGCUGGACUCGGUUCCUACCAGAUUCAAUGUCUCAAAUUCCCAGGUUCCAAACGUCCUCCUCAUCCCCAUAUCACUGUCACUAUCAUCACCAUCAUCACCACCACCACCACCGCCUUGUUGGAACAAAGGACGUCAAAAGCCAUGCCUUACAAAGUCAGCAACCUGUCCCCCGUCAUGAUACCACCAAGAACUCCCACUUUGGAUUUGGUUAAAAGGGUCUCUUCCACCUCAAAUUAUCAGAUGUUGCUGCCUCCUGUUUCCCAUGUACAAGUACAAUGUGCCUCUACUCUGAUAUAUUUGUUGAAUUUUUUUAAUUUCUUCCAUUGAAAAUGAGUUGAAAUGCAGAAAAAUAUGGAAUGGUAGUGCUCAUUCAAGCUAUUA